GCUGCCGGAGCAUCCCUGCCGGGUCCCCCCACCCCACUUCCUUCCUGGCACCGCUGGGGUCCCUGCACCCCACAUCUCUUACGGGGGCCUGCAGAGGGGUGGGGGCAGCAGUCGGCUCUGGGCAGAGGGGAAGCUGAAGCUUGGAGGGGGGCUCUGACUUGUCCCCCCCCAGGGUACAUCCCUAGCUACCUGGACAAAGAUGAACAGUGUGUGGUGUGCGGGGACAAAGCCACCGGCUACCACUACCGCUGCAUCACCUGCGAGGGCUGCAAGGGCUUUUUCCGUCGGACCAUCCAGAAGAACCUGCACCCCACCUACUCAUGCAAGUACGAUGGGUGCUGCGUCAUCGACAAGAUCACCCGCAACCAGUGCCAGCUGUGCCGCUUCAAGAAGUGCAUCUCUGUGGGCAUGGCCAUGGACUUGGUGCUGGACGACUCGAAGCGCGUAGCCAAGAGGAAGCUGAUCGAGGAGAACCGGGAGCGGCGGCGCAAGGAGGAGAUGAUCAAAUCGCUGCAGCACCGGCCCAGCCCCAGCGCAGAGGAGUGGGAGCUGAUCCACGUGGUGACCGAGGCGCACCGCAGCACCAACGCGCAGGGCAGCCACUGGAAGCAGAAGAGGAAAUUCCUGCCCGAAGACAUCGGCCAGUCGCCCAUGGCCUCCAUGCCUGACGGGGACAAAGUGGACCUGGAGGCGUUCAGCGAGUUUACAAAAAUCAUCACGCCGGCCAUCACCCGCGUGGUCGACUUUGCCAAAAAACUGCCCAUGUUCUCAGAGCUGCCGUGCGAGGAUCAGAUCAUCCUGCUGAAGGGCUGCUGCAUGGAAAUCAUGUCGCUGCGAGCGGCCGUGCGCUACGACCCCGAGAGCGAAACGCUGACGCUGAGCGGGGAAAUGGCCGUCAAACGCGAGCAGCUGAAAAACGGAGGGCUGGGGGUCGUGUCUGAUGCCAUCUUCGACCUCGGCAAGUCGCUGUCUGCCUUCAACCUGGACGACACCGAGGUGGCCCUGCUGCAGGCCGUGCUGCUCAUGUCCUCAGACCGGACGGGGCUGAUCUGCGUGGAUAAGAUUGAGAAGUGCCAGGAGACUUACCUGCUGGCAUUCGAGCACUACAUCAACUACCGCAAACACAACAUUCCCCACUUCUGGCCCAAGCUGCUGAUGAAGGUGACGGACCUGCGCAUGAUCGGCGCGUGCCACGCCAGCCGCUUCCUGCACAUGAAGGUGGAGUGCCCCACCGAGCUCUUCCCUCCCCUCUUCCUCGAGGUCUUCGAGGACCAGGAGGUGUAGGGCCCCCCCCCCCC